AUGGCUCGCAUCCUGCUGCAAUGGCGGCAGGGGGCUUGGCCAUCAAUCCAGAUGCGGAUGCCGGACGUCGUGACAGGAAUCGAGACAGGCCACGCCAACAUAGCCGAGGAGGCGACAUCCAGCCCAGACGAGGCCGCAUCUGUUCGGUGCCUGGCUGCACGCGCGAAUACCUCCGGGCCUCUCACCAUCACUGCUGCUCGAUGUGCUCGGUUGGUGGUCACACGGAUCGGUGUGACAUGGACUGGCACAAAUACAGUCGUAGACAGCGGCGUGCGCAGGAGAGAAACUCGAGAGGACAGCUUACAGCCUGCUCCAUUCAGGGAUGCCUGCGGGUUUCGGGAGUGGGGCACCACACCUGCUGUAGUGCCUGUGAGGAAAGCCAAGGUGCAGAGCAUACCAUACAUUGCACCAACCGCCAGCAAUUUCUUCACGUGCAAGGUGCAACCGGGACAGCAGGGCUUGCAGGCGACUCCAAGUGGUACUCAUGGAGGCGGCAGUGGCAGCUCCACAGAUGGGACGGGAGCUACCGUGAGCGAUCCUCAGCCUGUGGCGAUGGUUCCAGCGGCUACUUUUUCGCAAAGCCUGCCGACAUCCUCGAAGCCAUCAGUUUUGAUUGAGAUCAUCGAUUCGGACGAUGAUGUACGCAUGGAGUCGGAAAAUCAGGAGAGCUUGGAAGCAGCAGUAGCUUGUGAGCUUGAUAAGCUCGACUAG